AUGACGACUCGUAACCGACUAUCGUCAAAAAUUCGAUCUAUUUUUAUCGAACAAAAUUAUGUGAGCAGGGAUGGCUCUGCUUUAUUUAAAUUUGGUGAUUCUGCUGUUGUAUGUUCAGUAAACGGACCGACUGAAGUUAAAUUACGUGAUGAGAAAGUGGAUAAAGCAACAAUUGACGUAACAUUCAAACCUUUAAUUGGUCUACCUAGUACUAAGGAUAAAACACAUGAAUAUAUUAUACGUUCAACAGUUGAAAGUGUUAUUAAAUCAAAUCUUUAUCCACGAACAUUGAUUCAAAUUGUGUGCCAAGUGAUGAUGGACGAUGGAAACAUUUUGGCAACAGCAAUAAAUGCAACUACAUUGGCAUUAAUGAACGCUGGCGUUGCAAUGAAAGAUAUUGUUGUAGCUGUUGCUUGUAUUGUGAAUAAAGACGGGAAUAUAUUAGUCGAUCCAAUAUUGCGUGAGAUCGAGAAAGCUCAAUCUUAUCACACAUUUGCAUUCAGCAAAACAUCAUUUGGAUUAUUAUUUUGUGAGUCCACUGGAUUGUUCACUGAACAACAG